AUGCACCAGCUGCCGCCUCCUCCUCCUCCCCCUGCCUCGUCGACGUCGCUCGUGUCGCGGGCGCGGACGGCGAUCCACUCCGCCGCCGCCCGCGCCGAGCGCGUGCUCACUGACAUCAAGGCCGACCUCCGAGAUGCGGACGGAUCCGGCGGGAACAGGGCGCCGUCCCCCAGGACCUCGUUGGAUCGGCAGGCCGACGCCGAAGCAGGCCCGUUCGCCACGGGGCAGGCGCCGGCCGUGAAGCCUCCGCUUGAUGAGGUCCUUGAAGUAAUCCCCUCAGAAGAUGAGGGCGGCUUGAACAUAAAAUCCGGGUCAACUUCAUCUAACCUGACCUUUCCUCCAACUUCAGUAGUUAAACAAUUGGUUGCAGCCAUUGAAAAUGGAAAAAAAUUCAACUCAAUGAAUGAUAUGAAGUUUAAUGGUGACCAAUGUCUGAAAGAGAAGGGGGGCUUGAGCUUGUCUGUUGUUAAGUCACUUGUUCGCCGUGAAAAGGAGGACAGAUCUAGUUCUGAAUUUUAUGGUGAUGACGAAACAAAAUCCUUGAUGUACUCAUUGUUCAAGUUCGAGGAAGAGUUUCCGCAUAAUGAAAGUCGAUGUAGCCCAGAAUUACUUCAUGCGACAUCUUUGUCCAGGGAUAUCCAUGGUGCACCGCCUGGAAGCUUUGUUCAUCACUUAGGAGAGAUUAUUGGCAGCAUUAGUUCUGUGUACAAGAUGGCAUUCUUUUGGCAAUCCGUGGUUGUCGAGUUGAAGAAACUGUGGUCUGAUGGCCAACCGGUGCCUCGAAUGUCACUGGAUGCUGCUCCAGAUUUGAAUUGUUGUUUGCUAUAUCAGGAGAUACAAGUCAUAAAUUGCUGCAUUGCCAGGAAAAAACGAAGAAAGGCAGCUAAGGAAUCACUUGAUUCCUUGCUAAAAUGGGAAAACAGUCAAAGUAAUGAUAUGUCAAAUCCUUGGUAUUCAAAUGGAGAGUCUCGUGGCAGUGGGAUCUAUGCAAGUAAUUGCAGUGGUGAUUAUGUUCUUCGGCUUGGUGCUGACUGCGCAUCCGAGAACUUAACUCUGUUAGAAACUGGCGAGCCUGUAUAUUCACCGACUCUGCAGGAAGGCCCUAUUAUGACAGCAGAGCUCAUAAAAGAAACAGAGGAACUUGUCUUACGGACAGGAAGUGUUGGCGCUGGCUGUUCUCAGCUUUUAUCAGAUAUGCAGGCGUUCAAGGCUGCAAACCCUGGAUGUGUCUUGGAAGAUUUCAUUAGAUGGCACUCUCCACCUGAUUGGUCUGAAGAUUGUGCAGCAAGCAAUGCAACAGUAGGAGAGGGAUCAUCUAGACGUGGUCGUCUAAGUGACAGAAUGCAAACAAAAGAAGGAAAUUUGUGGAAGGAAUUGUGGGAGGCAGCAAAACCUAUACCUGCUGUUGAACAAACUCCAAUAUAUGAUGAAGAUUUAGCUGUGGAGAGCAUAUUUGAUGCCUUGGAAGUUAUUGAACCAGUAAAACUAUUUCAGCAGCUACUCUCAGUAAUUCUUUCUGUAUGCUUCCUAGCAGCUGAAUCAGUAUUACCAGCAAACAGCAACCUGUCAAAAUUAUUCUACGACUGUAAAGACUACAUUAUUGGCAUCUACCAAGAUGAAAUGUCGAAAGAAAAGUUGGAUGAGAUCUGCAAGGUUUAUGAGACGAUGGAAGCCAUACUAACCCACCCUGAAGACGCUCUUCAGAUCAUGCAGCAACCUGACGAAAAAUCUGCCGAGAAUAAAAACCGCUUCAAUCUUAAGAUGAACUUUACUGGCAAAGAUCGCCAACCUCUGUGGAAGCGUGCACCAAAGGAUGAAAAAAAGACAUCACCGAAAGACGAGAAAAAAUCACCGGAUGAAAAGAACACCAGUUUUUUCUCAAACCUUCGCGACAAGAAGGCUUCGAUAUUUUCAAAAAAGAACACAAAAGCGUCAGAGGUGCCAUUACCACCCCCGUCAUCAGCUUUGGGGCCACUUGAUGAGACGGAAUGGACGAUUUUGUAGUUGAGAUUCCCGGAUGUUUCCUUAUGUACAACUUGUAGAGAAGGUGCCCCAAGAAUUUGGAGUAAUCUUAAGCUGUAAAUACUCAUCCAAUUCAUUUAACACUUUGCAGUAAACUUGAAAAGAUAAAUAUUUCAUUGAA